AUGCGUCAGUGGUGUAAUGGUCAGCAUGGUUGCCUUCCAAGCAAUCGACGGGGGUUCGAUUCCCCCCUGACGCAUACGGACUACGGUGGCUGUUACAGUACCCCACGACAAGGGGAUAUAUCGUUCAAAGUGGUAGAAAGCGGUGUUGACGAGACGAAAGUGCGAGUCGUAAGAUCUUUCGCAAGAUAUCUCGGGACGAUUGUAGAAAUGGAUGCGAAAAGUGAUGAAUUGAUUGCUGAGUUACGGAAAGCUGUAUCGAUCAAGAAAACGGAGGUGGUUCGCUUAAAGGAAGAAUUCGAUGACUCAAAAAAACGAUUGGCACUGUUGACAUCGGAGAUUGCUGAGGGACGAGCAAAGAUAGUUGGUAAUAAAAUAAGAAUUGCCGUUUUGGACGCUGACAAAUCUACAUGCAUUCACAUAGAAAAGUUAAAUGUUGAAUUGACCGACAAAUUUGAUGAAAUGCGAAAACAAGUAUUCGCAAUUAACGAAGAAACAGAAAAACAGAUUACCGAGUUGCAGUUGGAAAUUGAAGCAGCAAAGGAUGUGAAAAGCAUUGUUAACACUUAUGAGGAAACGCUGGGAAUGUUACGUAGUAUGAGAUUUGAUCACAGCGAUGGCAUGAGUGAUACACGUAAAGAUAUUGAGAAUGCACAAAACGAAUUACGGUUGCUGUUAGAUGAGGUGCAAAUUUUUGAAGUGAAUGAAAAGACACUGAGUGAUAAACUGAAAACCGUUGCAUAUGCUGAUAUUCCACUAGCAGUUAAACAGCAAAUUUACCACGAUUUGAAAAAGCGCAAAGGGGAGUUAAUUCGCAAGCUUAUGCAUGCACGAUUCAGUCGAACCCGUCUGGAUUCACGAUUUGUGAUGAACGAUUUGUGA